GGGCAGAAAGAAUAACAAAAUCUUUACCAUAUAUGAAUUUCGUGUAUAUAUACCCUUAAGAAGUCCGCCCAACAGAUCUUUGGCUGAGAAGGAACUUCUCGAGUUUAACAGACAGUUGGUGGCAUGUAAAGGGACGUUCACGAUCGCACUGCAAAUGGCUACAUUUUCGGUUACUUUGCGGCAAACUCAUGAAACUGAAUCGGUUAUCGAAAGAUUAGACGAUACCAAUAAAAGCAUAAACCAAGCGGGUCUUCUUGUUAGAGAUCGUCUCGACAACCUUGACUAUCAAUUGCAAAGGGUUACGACUGAAGAAGUGUCUAUGUCAGACAGAGAAGCAAGCCAGGUCAUGUCUGGAUCGGCUGCCAACGAAACAUCACAGUCUUUGCCGCAACCUUCUCCACAAGAAACGCAGGAGAUCUUUGAAAAAACAUGGAAGCAGGCACUAGCAGAAAUCGCUUCCCACCGAAUUAAAAUUGGUAAAGUGACUCAAGCUUCCAACGCUAAAGCGGUCAUAGGCGUUCACGGACUAGAAAAUGCCAACGAAAUGAAUGUAGAGAUAGACGAUGUUUCCGUAGGACCGGGAAGUUGGUCGCUUGUGGGGGUUUCAAAUGGUGUUGAUUUGAAUGCAUUUUUCAAGUAAGCUAAUCGUAGAGAAGGACGCUUGGAUUUGUGACUUACUUAGGCCUAAAUGUUGGAACAAGGGAUGAGCGAGGGAGAAAGAGCUAGACAAAUCAGUCCCUAUGCUUGAAGUUCUAGGUUAUCUUCGUGGAUUUUUUUAUUAGUGAACUUCACAGAAAGGAACAGAUACAAAGAAGAAUCAGGAUUUAUAUUAAUAAAGCUUCGGGUAAUAGCUAUCUCUCUGGUUGAAAAGCCAAUUUGAUAUCCUCGUCAUUAAUUCAAAUUCAUCACAUAAAUAACUUCUCUCACA